AUGUUUCUGGUCGCACCCCGCAGAGUUGAUUCUGCGCAUGAGAAGAAACCAUCGGUAUCCGAUUCGGGGGUCCUCUUCAGUACCUUCGAAUGGUCCCUCGUCGUUCGUUUCAAGUCCUUGGUUCCGGCUGGAUGUGAGGCCCGCCCUGGCACCUCCCUCGCCUAUCUGUCUCGCGCCGUCGGGGUUCUCUCCUCCAUCCACGUCUUCGCCGGCGCCUUCAUCGAUGAUCCGGCCGUCUGCGGGUUCGAAGAGGCCGCCCUAGCCGCGUACAUCAACGGGAGCGUCAAGAUCUUGGAGGUCUGCAACGCGGCCUCCGCGGAGGUCGAACGGCUCCGCCGGACGCGGCUUCACCUUCUGCUUGCCAUCCGAGUACUCUCCACCGGUAAACCAACGCGGGAUAAAAUCCGCAAGGCCAGGGAAUCGAUCCGAGAAUGGGAUGAGCGUUCGCCUAGAGCGUGUACAAGCAUCGAUCUGCUGGUUCGGGAGCCGGAAGAUGCGGAUGCGCCACCGUGGGGAAGAAUGACAGCCCUGAAGAGAACAAUCUGCGCAGUGGAGGCCGCAUCCGCUUUCGUCGGCGGGGCACUGGUGGCCUUCGUGGGAGGGAAACCAGGAGGUCUGACCGUGGGUCUGAAGUUCGCGCGCGAAUUCCCCUGGGCCGACAGUUUCAACGAGGCCUGUGGAUCCCUCUCCGGCGAGACCUUCCGGUCGCCUCCCCGCGAGGUGGAGGCCGCGACGGCUUCUGCGCGGGGUCUGGCGGAGAUCAUCGACAACCUCCCGGGUAACGACGGAGAGAAGACGGAGGGGUGGCGCACCGCCAUGAAAGACCUGGAGAACGCCGCCGCAGAGUUAACGGUCGGAUUGGACCGUUUGGGCAACGCCGUUAACGCGCUAUUCAAUGUGACCCUGAACACGCGAAACAACGCGUUGUUAAUUUACCGCGCAGGCGGCGCGAAUAAGCGUAAAUCACGAAGAAUAUACGAUAUUAAUUAUUAA